UGUUGCAACUGCCCUCCCACGAACCCAACAGUGCGAGCGUCCUAUCUAUAAAUCCCGCCCGACGCGCUCGAUUCCCCCUCUGCACCACGCUACAACAGAGCCGCCCAUCGGAAGGAACACGGUCAAGUGUCAAUUCAAUCGGGCACGCCAGACGCCGGUACAUAGCUCACAUCCGGAACCUCCAACAUGUUCCGAAACAACUACGACAACGAUUCGGUGACCUUCUCGCCGCAAGGCCGAAUAUUCCAGGUCGAGUACGCUCAGGAAGCUGUCAAGCAGGGUUCCGUCGUCGUUGGUGUUGUCAGCAAAACCCACGCGGUGCUGGCAGCGAUCAAGCGCAAUGCAGAAGAGCUCUCAUCCUAUCAGAAGAAGGUCAUCGCGAUAGACUCGCACUAUGGCAUCGCCCUCGCCGGUCUGGCCUCCGAUGCACGCGUCCUCUCCAACUUCAUGAAGCAGCAGUCCCUCGCAUCGCGCCUAACGUACGGCCGCGCUAUUGCCCUCUCCGAGAUCACCGCCCGCAUCGCCGACCGCGCCCAGACAAAUACACAACAAUACGGACGACGGCCAUAUGGUGUAGGGCUCCUGGUUGCUGGCGUCGACGCGAAAGGACCCCACCUAUUCGAGUUCCAACCGAGUGGUGUCACGCAGGAGAUGGUCGCUUGUGGCAUUGGCGCUAGAAGUCAGAUGGCUAGGACCUAUCUCGAGCGACAUCUGGAGUCGUUCGAGAAUUCGAGCAGAGAGGAGCUGGUCAAGCAUGCGUUAAGGGCGCUCAAGGAAUCCCUAUCUCAGGAUAAGGAGCUCACUGUCGAGAAUACCAGCAUCGGCGUCAGUGGCGUUGACGAGAACUUUGCCCUGUACGAGGGCCAAGACAUCGCUGAGUGGUUGGAUGCAACGUUUGAAAAUCGGGAAGGUGGAGGCGAUGACGAAGGCGGAGACUCUAUGGAGACAGACUCAUGAAGGCAUUCUCACGAGGUUAUGUCCAUCUAGCUGGAGGAAACUGGCCGAGCGGUCUUGUAGAACCCUGGCGGACUUCGGAGGUUAUGCGGUCAUCUGUCUACGUUCUGGAUCUUGGGUGACAUGCUAGAACAUUACGAAUAUCACUCCAAAUCAGGACGACUCCGGGUCUCGUACCUAUCCUUGGCAUCUUUCAUGAAAUGUACCGUGCUUGCUCUAAGUUGGAAGCACAGAUGGGUCGAUCGCUGUUCACUAGCUAAUUUAAGGCUCGUUUAUUCACAAU